AUGCUGCUACCCAUCUCCCGCCCCACCGACAAAUUCGCCCCGCUCGCCGGCCUCCGCUCGCUGCUCGUCCCCGACACCGUCGCCGGUCGCGGAGGCGGCGUCGUGACGCGGACGAUCCUCGCGUCGCUGCUGCCGUGCGGCGAGGGCGAGAUCGUCCGCCAAGAAAGCGGCGACGGCGAGAGCGUCGAUGACGACGAGGAGGACGAGGGGUGCUGGGUGCCGUACGGGCGCCGGGAGCCCGGGCGACGGCGCCGCCUGCCGCCCCCGAUCCCGUCGCUGGCCGCCCGGAGCGCGCUGCGCCGGGCGCGCACCGACGACAGGCGGCUCGUCAUCAGCAAGGUGCGCGUCAUGCGGCCCGACUACUACGUCCGCGCGCGCCGCGUGCGCGGCGGCCGCCUCGUCAUGCGCCUCCACGAGCGCGAGGACGACGGCCCGUUGCCGGCGCCCGAUCUGCUUCCGCCGCCUACCCAGGUGGACAUCGCGACGACGUCGGACGAAAAGGUCGAUGACGCGCAGGCGGCUGCGGCGCCGGCGCCGCUGCCCGCUGCAGCUGGAUGCUUUGAGGACGUGGCCAAGUACCAGUACGCCGUCGGUAGCAGCCCGCUGCACCAGACGCCUUUGCUGAGGAUGGUCCAUUAA